ACUAAGAGGAGGAACAUGUUCAGCCAGGAGAGGAGACAGUUGAGCUCUGCUGGUGAGAGCGCUAAGAGGCACAAUAUGAGGUCGUCCCUGCCCGGUGCCACCUCAAUAGCAGCAGUGAGGAAGAAGAUCCAAGACCUUCAGCAAAAGGUGGAUAAUGCUGAGGAGAGAGGAGACUUGCUGAGGAAGGAGCUGGCUAUGGAGAGGGAGGCACGGGAGAGGGCAGAAUCAGAUGUUGCCUCCCUGAACAGACGCAUCCAACUGGUGGAAGAGGAGCUGGACCGUGCACAGGAGCGGCUGGCCACCGCCCUGCAGAAGCUGGAGGAGACUGAGAAGGCCGUGGAUGAGAGCGAGAGAGGAAUGAAAGUCAUUGAGAACAGAGCCACCAAAGAUGAGGAGAAGAUGCAUGACCAGGACUUACAGCUCAAGGAAGCCAAGCACGUGGCUGAGGACUCUGACAGGAAGUAUGAGGAGGCUGCCCGGAAAUUAAUCAUUAUUGAGGGAGAAUUAGAGCGAUCUGAAGAGAGGGCCGAGGUGGCAGAGAGUCGGUACAGGGAGCUAGAAACAGAGGUUCGGACCAUGGAUCAGAGCUUGAAAUCCCUGAUAGCAGCAGAAGAGGAGUAUUCAUCUAAAGAAGACCAUUAUGAGGAUGAGAUAAGACAUCUGACUGAGCGUUUGAAGGAGGCUGAAAGCAGAGUUGAAUUUGCAGAAAAAUCAGUGGCAAAGCUGGAGAAGACUAUCGAUGACCUUGAAGAUGAGGUCUAUUCUCAGAAGAUGAAGUUUAAGGCCAUCAGUGAGGAACUGGAUAAUGCCCUUAAUGACAUUACCUCUCUCUGAGUCCUGACUUCCACCAGCUGUACUGCUCUGUCCAUCUGCCGAUCAUGUCACUGCUCUCCUGCGGCCUGUCUCUGUCAUGCACCUCAUCACCUGUCAUCUCCAGAGAUUCUUCAGACUGGUCCUCUAUGCAGAUGCACACGGUCAUUGUCCUGGAUCACCCUCCAUGCUCGCCUUCUCAUCCUCUCUUAACUAUUGCUGUCUCUCAGCUGCUGCCCUAUCUUCUGUGGUCACUGAACUGAAUGUCAGACAUGGAGGUGUCGCCACCCCCCGCCUCUUCUGUCAUGUACAUAUAUCUAUAGAUGGGUCGUGUGCUUCACUUUCCAGGUGUUUUUAUGGUGUUUUGUGUGAAUGGCGGCUGGAGAGAUGAGUGCAGAUACCUGGAGGAUGAGGCUUCUGCUGGUCCUGAUCGUUGGCUUGUGCGGUUACAUCAUUGCUGAAUAAAGUGCUUCUUCUCUACUUUC